AUGAAAUUCUUUACUGCUGCUACUACUGCUUUAUUAUUUUCUGCUCAAGCUUUAGCUGGUAUUACCUCAUACACUUUAUCUAUUAAAUCUGAUGAUGAAAGAGUCAAUGGUAAAGGUAUUACUUUUAAACAUGAAGGUGCUGGUAUUAAUUAUGCUUUUGUCAGUGAUACCUCAGCUAAAUUUGCUUAUGAUGAUGAAUCCAAACUUUUAUAUUAUCCAUCAAGUCCACAACUUAAAUAUAAUUUUGGUACUGAAUCUGAUAUUAUUCAAUUUUCCGUUACUCCACCAAAAUCGGUUGAAAUUGGUGAUGAUGGUAUUUUGAAAUUUGAAGAUUCCGAUAAACUUUAUGCUGCUGUUAGUAUUAAUGAUCCAUAUCAUUACUCCGAUAGUGAUUUUGCUAUUAUUCUCAGAGGUAAACCACAUGCUAUUCCAAUUCAAAUUGUUGCUAAACAAGCUUAG